AUGAAACUUGUAGAAGUAGAAGAUAAAGAGAGAAAUUAUUUUUCAGUAAAGGACAAGCCAACUAAAAAUUAUUUCUUGUGUAUUGUAAGAAAAGCUGGAACUGAAGUUUUAACAAAUAAUUUAUUAGUUGAAUAUGCGAGACAACGACAACCUUCACACAGCAAAAUUGCAAGUAGUUUGUUGAGCGAUAAAGUUUAUUCUUUUCCCUUCAACAUGAGAAAUGGGUCGAAAAGAAAAGCAUUUCCAUAUGAAGAAGAUCUUUCGCUUCGAAGGAGAAAAUUUAAUCUCGCAAUUAAGCAUAAAGAAUGCAGUGAAGUUAAUUAUGGCAAAGAGAGUUUAUUAUUUGGAAAGAAGAGUGCAUGUGAGAAAUUUUCUUAA